AUGUCUUCUUCCACAGGGCCAAAAGAGGUAGUUUCCGAGCUCCUCCCACUCGUAAGAUUCUACUCCGACGGUACCGUCGAACGUCUUGUCGGCUCCGACAUAGUCGAGCCGACAACCGAAGAUACCGUCACCGGAGUCUCCUCGAAAGACGUCUCCGUUUCUCCAAACAUCUCCGCCCGACUCUACCUCCCCAAGUUGACGUCACAAGCCGGAAAAAAACUUCCGAUCUUAAUCUACUUCCACGGCGGUGGUUUCUGCGUCGAAUCCGCCUUUUCCUUUCUCCAUCAACGAUACCUUAAUCGCCUUGUCGACCAAGCCGGAGUUCUAGCCGUGUCUGUCGAAUUCCGACAAGCUCCCGAACACCCUCUUCCGAUUGCGUACGAUGAUUCUUGGACCGCUCUCCGGUGGGUUUCGUCUCAUCUUGUCGAUGAUGAUGACGAUGUCAGUGUUCAUAGAGAACAGUGGUUGUCUGACCACGGCGAUUUCAACCGUCUCUAUAUCGGCGGCGAUGCCACCGGAGCUAAUAUUGCCCAUAACAUGGUCGUGCGUGCCGGAUCGGAAUCUCUUCUUGGAGAUGUGAAGAUACUCGGUGCCUUCCUUUCUCUACCUGUCUUUUGGGGGUCAACUCCUGUCAGGUCGGAACCGGAGACAGGGCACCUGGAGCGUAUGAUAUGUCGAGUUUGGGAGUUUGUGUAUCCAUCGGCGGCGAAGGGAAUCGAUAAUCCGAUGAUAAAUCCAUUCGGGUCGGAUUUAAGCGGGUUAGGGUGCUCAAGGUUGUUGGUAUGCGUGGGGGAGAAAGAUAGUUUUAAGGAAAGGGGAAUUCAUUAUUGUGAUGUAGUGAGAGAAAGCGGUUGGGAAGGAGAAAUUGAGCUUUAUGAAGCCGAAGGAGGCGGCCAUGGUUUUCAUAUUAGUUAUCCUGAAACUGAGAUUGCGAAGAAGAUGAUCCAGAAAUUGGCUUCUUUUCUUUCUUAAUAAACUUAUUUU